CACACUGCUUCCUUUCACCAAAUUUCAAUAAAAAAUAUUAAUCUGCGAAUUGUUCAGUUAGAGAUUUUUUGAGAUUAAUGAUUUUUUAGGCAGAACUGGGACAGGCGGCAGGGCAGCAAUCACAAGCUGACAAACACAAAAUGGAUUGUGCUUGCGUGCAUUUUUAUGCAAACUGUUACCCAAGAAAUAGGGAGGUCGCAUUUCUGAGAUAAUUUUAUGACGUUAUUGUGACUGUACAACAGCCACCAAAAUGCAAGAGUACGGUAAUCAUUUUCGAUGAUAAUAGACGACAACAUGUCGAAAGAUAAUACAAAAAUUAUUCAAUAACUAGCGAGCAAUUGAAAAAACCUUCCUCUAAUUUUAUUAUUCUGAUUCAUUUUUGUAGAAGACAAAAUAGUUCUUUCUGAAUCUUCAAUAAAAUAGCUGCUAUUCCAGUCUAUAUCUAUGUUGGGAAUUAUUUAAAACAAGUCUCAGAUAGGGAUCAGAUCAGAAAACCAUGGCCUCUGUCGAAGAAAGCGAUUAUAUUUGUCGUGUGUGUAGAUCUGAAGGUUCUCAAGACAAACCACUUUAUCAUCCAUGUAUUUGUACUGGAAGUAUACGAUAUGUACAUCAGGACUGUUUGGUACAAUGGCUUCGCCACAGCAAAAAAGAAUAUUGUGAAUUGUGCAAGCAUAAGUAUUCGUUCAAGCCAAUUUAUAGUGCUGAUAUGCCUACUCGUCUGCCAGUAACUGACCUCGUGUAUGGGUUAUUCCGCAGCAUAUUCAUGGCUGUAAGAUCAUGGUUGCAUUAUACCUUGGUAGCGGUGGCUUGGUUAGGUAUUGUCCCCCUAACCGCUUGUCGAAUUUAUAAAUGUCUUUUUACCGGAUCGGUAAGAUCUUUACUGAGCUUACCAAUGGAUAUGCUUUCUACUGAAAAUGUAGGACAGGAUAUUUUAUGUGGAUCAUUGGUCGUGGCUUGCACGAUGGCUUCUUUCAUCGGAUUAGUGUGGCUUCGCGAACAAAUCAUGAAUGGUGGCAUGCCAGGCUGGCUAAAUAGAAACGGUCCUGAUAAUGUCGCUGUAGCUCCGAAUGCAGAAGUUGCGAUAAAUGAUGAUAACAAUAACGUAGAACAUGGAGUUCCGAAUGCUGAAGAUAUUGCUGAACAAGAAGAGGAUGAAUCGGAUGAUUCUGAAGACAUAGAUGAGGAGGAGGAAGAUGCGGAACCAGAAGAGAUUCAGCUGGAUGGUGCUGAAGUUGAAGAUCUGGAGGAAAAUGAAGUGGAUGUACAAAAUGAAGGAGAUGAUGGCAAUUGGAAUGCACUUGAAUGGGAUAGAGCUGCGGAAGAAUUAACGUGGGAAAGAAUGUUGGGACUCGAUGGAUCUCUAGUUUUUCUCGAGCAUGUAUUCUGGGUUGUUUCACUCAACACUCUUUUCAUUCUUGUAUUUGCAUUUUGUCCGUAUCAUCUUGGACAUUUUGUUCUUGCAGCGGUUGACCUUGAUGUUUAUCUCGUUGCUUCACGAUUCGAAGGAUUCCUCACCACUUUAUUCGGAUACGUUAUUUUGACCGUGGCAUUUUUUGUGUGUCAUGCUGCUAUGUUUUUGUUGAAAAUGCAACGAUCUGGAAGAGUUCUUGGGAUUUUGUAUAUUGUAUUGAAAGUAGCUCUGCUAGUUAUGUUUGAAAUGGGUGUUUUCCCACUUGUAUGUGGAUGGUGGUUGGACAUUUGCUCACUACAGCUUUUUAAUACAACUGUUCAAGAAAGAGUUACUAAUUACAUAAAUUCACCUGGAACGUCGACUUUUUUCCAUUGGUUAUUAGGAAUGAUUUAUAUAUUUUACACAGCUUCAUUCAUGCUGCUUUUGAAAGAAGUUUUGCGUCCUGGCGCAUUAUGGUUCCUACGCAAUUUAAACGAUCCGGAUUUCAACCCGAUUCAAGAAAUGAUCCACUUACCAUUGUACAGACAUAUUCGAAGAUUUUUACUUUCAGUCGUUAUAUUUGGAUCUGCAGUUCUAAUGAUGAUUUAUUUGCCAGUGCAAAUGAUACUUCGUUAUUCACCCAACUUUCUACCAUAUCAUGUUAAUUUACGUAAAGAUGUUCCAAUCAGUGAUUUAUCUCUUGAACUUAUUCUACUGCAAGUUAUCAUACCUGCUUUACUAGAGCAAGGCCAGACAAGGCAAUGGUUGAAAUCAAUAAUAAAGAUUUGGGCGAAAGUUGUUGGUACAUUACUAGGUGUAAAGUCAUAUCUUCUUGGUGAUACUGACGGCGAUGCCAGAGCUCAAAAUGAAAAUCAAAUUCAACCUCAACAGGCGGUAAAUAAUAAUGAUGAAAAUCAAGAAGAAGUUCCAGUUGUGCCAUUUCAGCAGCAAAAUUUACACCCAGAACCACAACAGAUGGCUUUAGAUGGCGAGAUACAUCAACCCUAUACUCGCCCAAAUUAUUUUGUGACUAGAAUUGUGCUUUUGCUACUUUUAAUGUGUGCAACGCUUUCAUUGAUCAGCCUUACAGUAAUGGUCGUACCUGUGGGAAUUGGACGAUAUUUAUUUAGUUUGUGGUUAGGUACUGAAAAUGCUAAUUUUAUACAUGAUUUAUAUCCUACAGCUUUGGGGUUAUAUACAUGCUGGCUGAUGGGACAUUUGGUAAACUUAUCAAUGGUAUGGUUUCCUCGGGGUUCAAGAGCAAUUUGGUCAGAGUGUAAAACAUUGAUUAAAAUGAUUUCUAAAAUUGCGAUUGUUGGGGGUUUUGUUUUUGGAUUAUUUCCAUUAUUGUUCGGAUUGCUUUUUGAGCUGGUAAUCGUAAUUCCAUUGAGAGUACCUUUACACCAAUCUCCUCUUAAUUUUCUUUGGCAAGAUUGGGUGCUUGGAAUUCUUUUAGUUAAGUUAGCAGUUGCUUUAACCUUGCUCGGCCCCCAAUGGAAAAUAAGAAUUGCUAUAGAGAGGGUCUUUCAUCAAGGACCUAGAAAUUUCAGUCUUCGUGAUAUGUACGUUGAUGUUAUUCAUCCCAUUAUGUGUAGUCUUUUAUUAUCUUUAACUGUGCCAUAUGUGAUUGCUCAUUCGGCCACAUAUGUUUUAGGUUUGCCACACGAUUUUUCAAAUAUUUUAUUACGUCGUAUAUAUCCUUGUCUCAUUUCCUUUUUUGCACUAGUUUCUUUUCUCAUGUUUGAAGCGAAGCAGUUUCGUCGAUUGUGCGAUCAUAUCAAAAAUGAACGUUAUCUUGUUGGGAAAAGAUUACUCAAUUACGAGCCUGCUAAAGCCUAAAUAAUUUUAAUUUGAUAUCAAUUUGUUAUUAUUGAAUAAAAAACAUUUUUUUGGAAACUGGUUUCCAGUUUAACUCAAUUGUUGUGAGUUUUUCCUGCUGCUUCAUUUUAUUGCAAUAAUUUCAUGAUUUUUACAGCUUAUUGUAUAACUGUGUGUUUUGUCUGUUAUUUUUCUGUGUUUUUGUUUUGCCUCCAUAUAGUAUUGCACUUAUCUGGAGUUUAAUAAUUUUCUAAUAGAAAUGAAUGAACUGCCUUAUGUUUGGUAAAUCUAACAAUUUUUAGAAGUAUCGUGCUUGGAAACCAUGGAUAGUUAGUCUAUUAAUGAAAACCAUAAAAGAAACUUCCUCAUUUUUUGUAAAAAAAAAUUGGAAAACGUUUGUAAAAGGAACUCAAAUGAUAGUGUAACAUAAACUUCUGUGUAAAGAAGUGUUCAAGAUGAUUCAGCUGAAAUGGAAUUUGAAUUGCUUAAUGAAUAAUUAAGACUUCGUUAGAACUGAGUAUAAAAAUUACUAUUGUUUUUGUUGAAUUGGCUUUUUUUGCGGAUAAAUUUGGCAUAUAGCAGUUUUUUCCCAACAAAAUUUUGUUACAUAUUCACUGUUCAAAUUAAAUCAAAUUUUCGAAUCAAUUCAAAAUUAAUUAUAUUUGGGAUUUUAAGUUCUUGGUUUUAGAAUUAAUUAAGGAUAGUAAAUUUCGAAAAAGCUAUUGAGAAAUUUAAGUCUCACAGGCCUUAUUUUAAAGUUAUAAAAAUUUUUAAGAUAUAGAAAAUCAAUUGAAACUUUUUUGUUUUUCCAUAUUUGAACACAUUGAAUAUGAAUCAACUUCAACAUGUUCUCUGUUAAAUAUACUUAUCUAAUUUAAAAUAUAUUCAAUAUCUGAAUUACAGUGGUAGAUUAUUUGGGUUCGGCCAUCUCCGCAUUACACUGCAUGAUAUUUCCAUUGUUUCAUUCAAAGAGAAUUAUAUAUUAUUUUUAUGUUAAUUACCUGCCUUCGUAGUCUAAAAUAAGCCUGAUCUUUCUUCAAUAGAUGAUUGGUCUGUCUCAUCAAUUUUGUGAACUGCUUUCUCGUUGUACUGGAAAAUUCAAUAUAGUACCAUAUCUAAUAUAGUACUCUAAAUUAUUAAAUAUUUUACAAUAUUUUCAUCAAUAAUAUGUUAUUGUCGCAUCCACAAGCAAGAAUUGGACUAUUAAAGAGAUUAGGCAGAUUAUAACAAACAUUGGUACAACAGGAAAACCAGAUAUAAUAUCUGUUAUUUGCUCUACAUUUCUGCCUUUAAAUUCAGUCCCCAUAGUAUUCACACUGAUUUGUAUAAAUUUUGAAUGCUUCUCAGAUGUGAAAAUCUUUUUUUUUUAGAAGAUUAUUCAAAUUAGUAAAUUUCACAUGGCUUUUGGCCAGCCUCACAAGCUUGCAGUGUCAAUAACUUAUUAUUAUGUAUCUAUAAUCAGAUGUGUUUGUGCCUAUUUGUAUUUCUUGACUGGGAUUUAUUGUUCAUUGCUUCGUUUGGCAUUAACUGUAUUGAAAAAGUGUGUUUGAAAUGAAUGACAAUAAGUAUUUAUCAUUCCUAAAGGAAGACCAUCUUGCACAUAUUUGAAUAAUCGUUGGCAUAUUAGGAUGUUUCUGAAGAAUACGAUUUCCCCGUUUCAAUAUUGCCUAUCCUAUUAUUUGCACUUUUUUGAGGUGGUGGACAUGGGAUUUGAAGAUAGAGAUAUGUAACCUGUGAACGUGACACAGUUAAGUCUCUAACUCUUUAACCACUAGGCAAUCGUGCGCAGAAAAAAUAUGGAAGGUAAAAUAAUCACAUCUCAAUAAUUGUAUUUUAUGAACUUUAUUGCUUAAUAUUAUUUGUGCUUGAUAUUUCUCUCACAUUUUCACUUUUGGUAAAAGGAUGCUGUUGAUAAAAAUGUCGUAAUACUGUACAGUGUAUAAUAUAUAUUUGAAUUUUCUUUUGCUCAUACUUAGA